AUGUCUAAAACGUGCUGUGUUGGAAUGCCAAUUGGACCUGGAAUGCCAAUAGCGAACCUGGAAUCCCUCCUGCUAACCUCAUCCAUCCCUGAAGAUAUGCGUGCGGACAUACGCAACUAUGCGACCGGUCUCCUCCGGAAAAAAAGACAUAAGCAAACCUUGCCGAUAGAAGAGGAGAAGGAAUUACGACCCCUGAGGUCAGAGGACAGUAUCGUUGUUGUAUCGGCUGACAAAGGUGAUGCUACUGUCAUUAUGGACGAGACUGACUAUGUCAAUAAGGCCACUCAAGCCUUUAAUGACAGAGAGGCCUAUACCCCAAUUGCUGAGGAUCCGACGAAAAAGCAGGCCGCACCUAUAAAGAAGGUGAACGAGCUCAUUCGAAAAAGCUCAUAA